UGCUGAGCAGUGAUCACAAGGGCUGGAAGCGAGGAAUUCAGGACCAGAAAGAGAGACAGAAGGAGAAGGUCUACUUGUAGUUUAAUCUAUCUCAAUGGGGUAUUUAUUUCAAACCUGCUAGGAUUCUGAAGGCCGUCGUGUCUACUUGUAACUCUCCUCCUCAGAAAUGAUGCAUUGGGAAGUCUUAGUUGUUGCUCUUGUUUAUUACAAUGUCUAUACUUCUGCCAUCCCAGGGAAAAAUAAAGCCCUGUUCCCGUCUGCAAUGCUGGUAAAGAGAGGUACAGCUGCCAUGCUAAACCCUGUCUUCCAGAACUCACUAGAGGAAGUAAAUCUGCUGUAUGAGAUACUUUUGGCUGGCCUUGAGAUGAAUAAGACUCACAGUAAAGUCUUAGUUAAAGAUGAAGAGCUGUCUUCACUCAGAAAAACCAAGAAACUGGAGGUGAUCUGUGAAGACGUGCUCCCCAAAAAGAUCACCGAUAUUCGGCGUCUGACCUUUAACCUCUCACGACACAAGGGGUUGCUAAGCAAGGAUGAGUUUGAGCGGACUGUUCUGACGAUGGUUUAUACAGCGUACCAGCUAUCACAGGCCACAGGGCACCAGAAAGACGCUUGGGCAGAGUCCUUUGUAAACCUCUACAAGGCCUUAAAAGAUGACCUGUUAUAAAGGGAAAAAAUAUGGCAAAGGACCCAGAGGGACUUUCUCGAGAUUCCAUUGUUUACUGUUGAAUGCCUAUAUUAAUAAAACAUAUAGUAUAAUUAGGGCUUGAACUUCUCGGUUUCUAUUUUCCAUGUUUCUGCCCAUUAAAUGUUAAUUAGUCGUUGUUAAGCUGUGUCUGCAUCCUAACAAAGAGAAAACUACUAAUUAAAGACUGGGUUUAAGAUAAUUCUUCUAUAAAUCAAGGAGAUUUUAAAUGAUGGACUUGCUAUCAGUGUACACUCUGUACUGGGUAUUUAUUUAUGCUGAACAGAAACUCUGUCAGGACAACUCUGUUAAACCUGUGAAAAUAACAGCACAACGAUAAACUAGGAGACUGCAAGAAUGAAAUGCAAUUAAGAUCAGCGAUCAGCAAUUAACUUAAUUUGUCACGUCUGUUUGAACUAAAAAUUAAGUGAAACAGCAAGCGACAUUGUUUUGUAAUUAAUAGAUUUUUCUGAGUUUAAUUAGGAAAUAGAGUCGGCUCAAAAUAAGUUGAAAGGGACAUCAUGUGAUCAAAAAUAAAACCUGAAAACUUCAAGCCCUGAGUAUAAUGUAUUUGAAUAAUAACCCAAAGUUUAUUCUAUUUCAAUUCAUCUUUAUGUAGAUGUCAUUUUAAAAGACAAUAAAUGUAUUUCAUUAAAAUAAAUGCACUUUUUCUUCUCCUUUACUCAACAUUGUAGUGAUUGUAGCUAACAAAAUAUUUUAAUAAAUCAUACCAGUUGUGCACUUCCAUUAGCUGCAGAGGUCUCAUACUGUGUGUGCAGUAAUGAAUGAAACACAAGUUAUGUAUCUUUAAUGUAUUUUAAAACAAGAUAACAGGUACUACCAACCUCUUUCUUCCUGUGAUUAACCAACCAGAUUCAUUUAUU